CCCGGAGCCCCGUUCCGCGUCCCCGCCGCCGGGAGGAGGUGUCCGCACGCUCGCGGCGCGCGCCGGGCCGCCAGACUCGGCCUGUGGGCGAUUUCCUCCGGACCCGAGCUCCCCGCCCGAAGAGGAAGAUGCAGACCUUUCUGAAAGGGAAGAGAGUUGGCUACUGGCUGAGCGAGAAGAAAAUCAAGAAACUGAAUUUCCAGGCCUUCGCCGAGCUGUGCAGGAAGCGAGGCAUAGAAGUCGUGCAGCUGAACCUGAGCCGGCCGAUCGAGGAGCAGGGCCCCCUGGACGUCAUCAUCCACAAGCUGACCGAUGUCAUCCUUGAAGCCGAUCAGAACGACAGCCAGUCCCUGGAGCUGGUGCACAGGUUCCAGGAAUACAUCGAUGCCCACCCGGAGACCAUUGUCCUGGACCCUCUUCCUGCCAUCAGGACCCUGCUUGACCGGUCCAAGUCCUACGAGCUCAUCCGGAAGAUCGAGGCCUACAUGAAAGACGACAGGAUCUGCUCUCCGCCCUUCAUGGAGCUCACGAGCCUGUGCGGGGACGACACCAUGCGACUCCUGGAGGAGAACGGCCUGGCCUUCCCGUUCAUUUGCAAAACCAGAGUGGCUCAUGGCACCAACUCUCACGAGAUGGCCAUCGUGUUCAACCAGGAGGGCCUGAGCGCCAUCCAGCCGCCCUGCGUGGUCCAGAAUUUCAUCAACCACAACGCUGUCCUGUACAAGGUGUUUGUGGUUGGCGAGUCCUACACUGUGGUCCAGAGGCCCUCGCUGAAGAACUUCUCUGCGGGCACGUCAGGCUCCUCCCCAGGACCGUCUCUCGUGCCCCCCGUCUGGACUGGCUCUGGUCGGAGCGGUAGGAGGACUGUCGGGCACACCGGGGCGGCAAGGGGCCUGCGUGCCCCGCUAGCGGGAAAGAAGCCAGACCGCGAGUCCAUCUUCUUCAACAGCCACAACGUGUCGAAGCCAGAGUCGUCGUCGGUCCUGACCGCGCUGGACAAGAUUGAGGGCGUGUUCGAGCGGCCGAGCGACGAGGUCAUCCGGGAGCUGUCCCGGGCCCUGCGGCAGGCACUGGGCGUGUCUCUCUUCGGGAUCGACAUCAUCAUCAACAACCAGACGGGGCAGCAUGCUGUCAUCGACAUCAACGCCUUCCCCGGCUACGAGGGUGUGAGUGAGUUCUUCACCGACCUCCUGAACCACAUCGCCAGUGUGCUGCAGGGCCAGAGCGCGGGCGCGGCGGGCACAGGGGACGUGGCCCCACUGAGGCACAGCAGGCUCCUGGCGGAGCAGGCCGGCGGCCUGGCGGCCGAGCGGACGUGCAGCGCCAGCCCCGGCUGCUGCAGCAGCAUGAUGGGCCAGGAGCCGCCCUGGACGCCCGAGGCUGACGUGGGCGCCGGCAACACCGCCAAGCUGCCGCACCAGAGACUCGGCUGUACUGCCGCCGUGUCGCCCAGCUUCCAGCAGCACUGCGUGGCCUCGCUGGCCACUAAGGCCUCCUCCCAGUAGCCUCAGAGCCCGGGACCCAGAGAGACGGCGUGGGCCGCAGAGCGCGGCCGCUGGGCGAGCAGCUCCUGACGACGGUGACGCUACUACUAAGGAUUCCCAACGAUCUGAUUCUUCUACUUCUUUUUUUUCCUUAAUUUUUAACCUGAUUUUCUGAUGUCAUGAUCUAAAUGAGGGGUGGGGGUGGGGAUGGAAAGGAACCCCAAGUAGUCCAGCCUCGCGGCAAAGGGAUGAUCCCGCCUGGUUCCUGCUGUGCAGAUGUCUUCACCGAGUUUACACACGCUUGUGUUUUCAACACUAGGUCUGAAUGUGAGGUGGGGCGUGCCUGCGUGUGUGUGUGUGUGUGUGUGUGUGUGUGUGUGUGUGUGUGUGUGUGAGUGCCUGGGUACGCCCACAUCUGUCCUUCUCAAUGGCUGCUGUGGGCUGGUCCUCGGGGACCCUGGAGCAGGCCGUCCCGGGUCAGGUCGUCGGUAGCUGAGCAGAGCGAGUCAAUGGUUCCCUGUCUCUUCCCGCCCGGCCCCUGCACCCCGGCCCGGCCCGUUUCUCUUACCGAUGGCCUCAAGCCCCACCAGGUGUGCAGCAGACCCUCCCAAAAGCGUGACCCCAAGGAAACCAGAGGCCUCAGCUUCCCUUUCCUUGGGGAAGUCCAUGCAGCAGGUCUGAGCUGUGAUCCACCUGCUGCCGCUCGUGAAAGCCAAGGAGGAGGACGCUUCUCCGGGAAGGCCACAGCCCCAGGCUGGCUGCCUCUCUCCAUGUCCCACUCCCCGGAGUCCACUGGGCCCGUCAACACAUGUCCUGUGCGGCCGUGCGAAGGGUCCGCCCUUCCCUGACCAGGGGCCGCUGCUCCCCGGACCUGGGAGGAGGAUGCCCGGCCGAGAGCCUCUGGGCUGAUCCUGUCUGUGCCAAGGAUUUGUGCUGUGACUUUGGGCAAAUUAUUCCGAGAGUCGCUGGGCACUCAUGACCAGAGAACUCAAGGGCAGGCUCAACGCCCUACCCCUGCGACGCAGCCUGUCCUUCUGUGAAGUCCACCCAGAUGAGCCUCCCCUUGGCACCCAGGCAAUCGGCGGGGGUCCUCUUCCCAGGCCGGACGAGGCUGCCAGUUGUUCCACGCCUGCCCGGAAGGCCUGAUCCACACCCCUCCCGUGUUCACUGCCCACCCCCAGCACUGAGCCAGCCAGGGGCGAGCAGGCUGCAGCCCCAGAGGUGAGAAAAUGUUCCCUGCUUCUCCCGUCCGAGCCCCCAGCCCCUGAUGGCAGCAGACCAACCGACCACCGGCUAAUCAGUCCAGUUCCACAGUCCAGGCGGGCAGGCAGCCCCCUUGGCAGAGAAGGGGACCAGUGAGGGGCUUGGUCAGUCCUCUGUCAGUGUGCCCACCCGGUGGGAAACAGCAGACCCCCUGAAGCAUGAGCGUGUGUCUUCAGAUAUCAGGCAGUCAGAGGGAGGGGAACAGGCCUCUGGGCUGUCGUGCGAGGUCCAGGGAGGGUGCCACGAAAGAAGCUGCUGAGUCAGGCGUUCAGAGGCACCUUCAGGCCUGGUCAGCAGGGACACGGGGGUCGCCUGCCUCUAGGAGAGGAAGGGCUGGGGUGAGGGGCGCUGCCCUCAGAACUGGCCGGCUUGUCCUAGAAACCAAGGGCCCGCCGACAACCGUGUUUACACGACUUGAGUGUUGAACCCCGAUUAUAAUGUCUGUACGUCGCCUUUCCUUGUCUGACCCCUGAGCUCCAGGGGAAGCAGGAAAGCGUGGCCGGCCUCUUGCACUGCUUUGUCUCCAAAAUAAACUACUGAAAUCAAA